GAGGAUCCGUCGCGGUAGAGGGGUGAUUUGUCCUCCCUUUCGUUACCGCUACGAACUCCCUCUUCCCUCCCCUCCUCCCAACCUUUUCCCUCACCCCGUUAGCUUGCAGCCCCCCUCACCUUCUGUGUUUCUUUCUCUCCUUCUUUCUCUCGCAUCCUCACGAGGAGGAGAACGAGAAGCAGGAAAGAUGAGCAAUCAAGAGGACCUCGACUAUUACAUCAUGUUCCCGUCGUUUCCGCCGUCCCCGAAGGAUCCAACGUUAACCACCGGUAGUCAGGAUCAACGUGAAGAGUUCGUAUUCGUUUACAAGGAGGACAAACGACCUGUAAUAGUGCUACUAGGAUGGGCCGGCUGUCAAGACAAAUAUCUGGCCAAGUACAGCGCAAUUUACGAAGAGAAGAGCUGCAUCACACUACGAUACACAGCACCAGUAGAAUGUCUAUUUUGGCGAAGAGACAAAAUGCCUCAUAUUGGCAAACGGUUGAUCCAGGUAAUCACAGACAAGAGUUUAGAUCAACACCCGAUAUUCUUCCACGUCUUCAGUAACGGCGGCGCGUUUCUAUAUCAACAUGUAAGCCUUGCGAUGCAACAAGCUAACUCACCGCUUAAGGUCAAAGGAGUGAUAUUUGAUAGCGCACCUGGAGAAAGAAGAUUAACUGCUCUUUUCAAAGCAAUUAGCGCAAUCAUCGGCGGACAUCCACUUACGAACAUACCAAUGUCCUUCCUCAUUACGAUCUUCCUCUCUAUACUUUGGUUUUUAGAGGUAAUCGCUCACGCCCUUGGUCGUGGUUAUCCAGUGCAAACGAACCCGAUCGGUCUUGCAGAAGAAUCCUAUUCUUGGCCGCAAUUGUUUCUUUAUUCGAAUGCUGACACUUUAAUUCCGGCAGCGGACGUCGAGAAAUUCGCCAGUCGACGAGCAGAACGUGGUGUACGAGUGCAGCUGGUACUUUUCACCAAUUCUCCGCACGUCAAGCAUUAUGCUACUUAUCGUGAUGCCUACGUAAAUACAGUUUGUAGUUUCAUCCACGAAUGCCUGACGUCACCAAAUUUAGAAUGCCUGGAAUUGCCUCAGAAUCACGGUAUGGAAAAUAAUUCCCGGAAUUACGUCACUAUGCCGAGUCUUACCAAAAGAGUUGUGCUACCUCAUGAGGCUACUAAGUUAAAUUAGAAAAAAACAAAUGGAAUAUUAAUGAUAGAGUAGCAAUAUGAUCGACGGAAGAGUCGUGUUCCGUACAAUUUUACAUGUACGAUUAUACACAAACAAAAGUGGACAAACUGGAAGACUAAGAGGGUCGGCGUAUUGUUUGAUUUUCAUCGUCGAACUUCGUAUAUUUGAAUAUAUGACACGCAUUUUUUAUACAGCGUUGAGUCUUAACAUCAUUACGAGAAUCUUCUUAUUUGUAUUGAUACUAAUAUGUAGUGAAAAGUGUCAGCUACUCAAAAAAGUACAUUUCAUAUAAAAUAAAUUUUUACUAGAAUAAUUUCGUUUGUAAUAUGUUUUAUCAAAUACUGUUGUCUUUAUUUGUUGUUAAAUAAUCAUUAUAAAAAAUAUAAAUCAUUUAAAAAUAGAUUUACACGCACAAAUAUGAUAUAUAGAUAAUAUUUAAACAUUACAGCACAGAUACUUUCAAAUUUAAUUUUAAGAAAUUUAAUAUAUGUUUAUACAAAACUCAACGUUGAUUCACGUGUAAAGAUGAAUUAAUCUUUAGCUUUUUGUAGAAAUUUUAAAAACUAAACUGAGCUCGACCUCUCUUUCUUCCUUUUGUCCUCUUAUACUUAUUCUACUUCCGCUUGGUAUUUCCUUCGUAUCUUCCAGUUUCUUCCUUCGCUGUGUGUUCUUGAACGUCAAUGUGCCUGAACUUCACAAAUCGACACAAUUGCGUUCCUUUCGAGAAUAAAAGAAAGAAAGUACACAUUCGACAGUGUACAAGUAUACGCAAGUACAAUUCUGAAUUUCCAGAAAGUAAAUGGAAUAAUGUUGCAAUACACCCUAAAUUUCCAUGUUUGAAAUAUUUCGUAACCUCAUAUAGUGAAUUGAAAUAGAAACUCUAGAUGCACUUGACAGCGAAUUAAGGUGAAAAAUUGGAAAUUAGGAACCUAGACGCUUGUUGAUGUGAUCGAAGUGCGCACAAGAAAUAUACGUUAUUAAUUGAAAUAUCGAGGGAUCAUAAUCUCACGAUAAUUCAAUUUCGACGUAAAAAAGUUCUCGCACAAAAGGAUCAAGCUGGUCUUGAUUUAGCUUUCAAUUUAAUUGCAGUUGUAAUUAAGUAUCAAUGAAACAGAGGAAUUUUCUUGUAUCUCUCCUUAUCGAAUAAUGUUAUGUCUCUACAUAAAGUACACAGCACACACACACAUCACGUGCGCGCGCGCACAACACACAACAAACACAUAUAUAUACAUAAAAUAUAAAUAUAUUUUGAUCUGUCGAUUAGUUACAAAUAAAGACUGAUAAA